AUGUCGACGCUCAAGAAACGCGCAGAGAAGUUGAAGCGGAAACGACCACAAGACAUUGAUCCCGAAGACGACCCAGCACGCUACCGAGACGAGGAGGACAGCAGUGCAGGCAGUGAAGACGAUGCGGAUGACGACGGUCGCGAGCACUACGAGGCAGUGUCGAAAAGCAAAUUGCGAAAGCCAGAGCAACCUCGACUAGACCCGAAAUACGGAGGUGUAGCCAUCAGCCGAGCAGAUCUGGACGAGGACGAUGAUCCUUUUGCGGCUGUGGAGGAUAGCGAGGACGAAGACCCGUUCGCAGUCGACGGAGGUGAGGAAGCUGGGCUCAACUCGGGGGCUGCUAGGGACGAGGAUGACGAGGAAGAUGUGUCAGAAGACUCAGAAAUUGAGAACGACAUCAACGGCACGAGUAAUGACCAAGGUGUCGGUCUUCCAGACGAUGAUGUUUCAGUCGAGAGCGAUGUCGAGUCCGAAGAUGAGUCCGAAGAGGUCAACACCAACUCGGACGACUCAGACACUAGUAUGGACGAGGAGGCACCUUCGAGUCGUGCUCCGAUCACAGCUAGAGAUCGAAUGAGAGCACAACUUUCGAGGAAAACUGCGGAGUCGAAAUUAGUCUCGUCGCUUGUGUCAUCAGCAACCGAUCAGGCUCGAAAGGGCGCAGCGGUGCAGCAGCAGAACGACGCCCACGACCGUCUACUGGACGCGCGUAUCAAGCUCCAGAAGGCCCUCACGACCUCGAACCAGUUAGAGAACAAUCUUGGAGUCAAUGACAUUGAGUCCGCAGCAACCAGAGCCCAAGAAGCCGCUCUGACGCUCUGGUCGACCAUCGACUCCAUCCGCUGCGACAUUCUUGCUCACAGCCAAAAAUCCGCAUUAUCAGAGCAUUCGAGCAAGAAACGGAAGAUCUCACCACUGGACCCAUCCCCAUCGACAGCACUUUCAGCCCUCUACAGCCAGACCCAAUCCCUCGAGUCGACCGCCCUCCCAGUUCGACAGUCCGCUCUCAACCACUGGUAUGCCCGUACUCGCCCUAACACCAGCACAAGUGCCUCCUCUGGCGCAGUGCGCUCUGCACUGUCCCUUUCUGGAGAUGAUACGACAAUCUCCUCCAUCCUCUCCAGUUACCUCACCACCAAUCUCUCCAACCUAACCACUUCUGCCCAACCUGCUCCGACAACAUACAACGACACGCCGUUCUACCAAUCGUUGCUCACCUCCCUAAUCUCUUCGCGCACCAAUGCUGCAGCCAUUUCAUCUGCACUGCCCCCAACUUCGACACCAGCCAUCAACGGGAUCAAGCCACCUAGGGUGAAGUCCAACCGCGACACGAAAGCCUCUAAAGGCCGCAAGAUCCGGUAUACGGUGCACGAAAAGCUGUUGAAUUUCAUGGCACCGGAAGAUAGGAGUACGUGGACAACGGAAGCGAGAAGGGAGUUCUUUGGGAGCUUGUUCGGUGGCGUGAUAGCUGAAGAUGGCGAUUCGCGGAAGGGCCAUGCGAACGGAAAUGACCAUGACAGCGAUGAUGACUUGGAAGCCGGUGGAUUGAGGCUAUUUGCAGGUGUGACUGCGGCAUAG